AAACACCAGUAAUCCGAAACCAGUCGUGUUGGUUUUCUCCUUCACUGGCCCAGGCUGCUGAAAUCUGCAUUCCAGAUGAAACCUGUGGGGGAACGGAAGAAAGCACUACUUUGGGGGGAAAUGCAGCUUCAAGGGCAGUAAUUUUAUCCUUCAGAAAAACUUGAGGACCAGACAUUUCGAGACUUUUCUGUUCUCCGUCUCUCUUUGGUUCGGGUUUUGUGAAUGCCCCGUCUGGGGUGGUGGGGUGGUGAUGUGGUUUUUUUUUUUUUUUGUUUUGUUUUUUGGCCCGGCCCUCUGACUGUAAUCAAAUCUGAAAAGAUGAAAUGCGAGCGGUUUUCUGAAGUUUUCUGCUGAAUCUCAUUUGAAACUCUCUUGUAUUACUCCUCCCAGAGAGCCAGACAGACGCUGUCAGCGCAGGCUGACCGGCCCAACGUGUUCAGGGAACCUCAACUUUCUCAACAAGGAGGAAGUUGAAUAUAACCAGGAGAGCGGUAGGAAUUGGGGCGGAGCUCAUCGGUGGAGUUCUCGGCUGAGAUUACUGAGUUGCCGGCUGACUUUCCCUCCUACAAAAAGCCUUUUGUGCCCGGAAUAAAUACGGAAGUAGCCGGGGAGAAGCCUUCCUGGGUUGUAUGUAGUAAAGGUGCAAAGGCUCUCUCGGCUGUUUGGGGCCGUAAAAUCUGACAGACGUUUUAAAGUUGACCUAGUCACCUCAUGACUGAAACAGGAAGAAGAGCACAGUGACCUAAGGACAGACCAAGUUUGUUACUUGUGUCAUUUGAGGAGACUGGUUGCUAGCCCCUGUUGGGUUUUCUCUCUAUUAAGUUCAGAGAAGAUGGACGGGAUAAACUGAGCUAGUUAGAGGACGAGCAAUCACUUGCAUCAAGAGCAUAUUUGAAUGUUUUGCAAGAUAUGGAACACGGGGACAGUUCUGUGAACGGCAGCGAUGACCCCAGACCCGAGUGUUCAACAGAAGAUGGAAUUGAAAUAACCCAGUCUAUCCUGAGUAAGUUUUCCAUGAAAUCCUUUUUUGGAUUUACUACUAAAUUGGAAUCCACUAAGCCCGUAGAGGAGGAUGCAGUGCUUAAAACUUUCCGAAAUUUGGGCUCUGAGCCUCAGGGGCAGCUGGAGAACAAUAACAAGGACCUGGAGGCCAAGAGCCAAUUUCCACCUGUUCUCCAGAAUUGUAAGGGUAAUGCUAAUGUGGAGCAUGAGCCAGAGAAUGUAGGAUGCCCUGGGAAAGAAGAAGAUGGGGGGUUUCUUCUCUGGCAAGAGACCCAUCCAUUCUCACCUCUGAGUCCAAGCAGAGAUGAUGUUCUUCUUGUUCAUGGGACCCUUGUUCAUACCACCAGUGAUUCAGAAUCUGAUGGUGAAGGCCUGGAAGAGAAAGAGGAUAAAAAUAUUAGCAAUACACCAUCAGAUACUUUUCUUUUAUGUGAGUCAUCUGCAAACCCACAAGAAACACCUGGGGAAUCUAGAAAAAAGGAAUCCAUGAAUGAGAUGGUUGAAAUGAACCUCAGUGUAGAAGUUUCUUCAGUGACUCCAUCUGAGUUGGUGAGUGAUUUGGAGCAAAGAGAAGAUGGGUUGGGCCCCAGACAGGACCAUCCUGGGGAAGAAGAUUCCCCUACCAUAUCUUGGACUAUAGAUAAGAGUUCAUUUGCUGGAAACUCUGAAAAUAUGUCAUCCAAAAAAGAAGCAUCAGUGGAGAAAUCUUUCCAGCUUCCAACCUUCUUCAGUGGGCUACGGGUGCUAAAGAAAGGGACUACCACUGAGGGAGGUGAGACAAUCACUGAAAUUAAACCAAAGGACGGUGACCUGGCUUUGCUUAAACUGACACAGCCAGUGCAAAAAUCUAGAGCCCAACCAGGGACACUCUCUAGGAAAAGUGGGGAGAAAACACCAGACCUGAAAGCCACUCCCACUCUCUUGGAGCAGAUCUCCCAGCUGCUAAACAUUGAUAUGCCCAAAAAUGAACAGAAAGGAGAAGUUUGUGAGCAAUUUAAGGAAAAAGAAGUGGGUCCCAAUACUGACCAUGAGAGUCAGUACAAGACUGAAGAAGUCCCAUUUCAGAACGAAGAAGUUAAACCUAAGCCCCCUGAAACUGCCCUGGAGGCCUUUAAAGCCUUGUUCAUGCGGCCUCCCAAAAAAGGAUCAACAGCUGACACUUCUGAAUUAGAGGCCAUAAAGAAGAAGAUGAGGUAUGAGAAGGAGUCGCUAAGAGCUGUGUUUGAGAGGUCCAAGUCCAGACCAGGCGACGGCUCAUCUGAUUCCAGAAGCGCUGACCAGAGUCCCACUGAGCAGGAUGACAGAACUCCUGGACGACUCCAGGCUGUGUGGCCACCUCCAAAAACAAAAGACGAAGAAGAAAAAGUGGGAUUGAAGUACACAGAAGCAGAGUACCAAGCUGCAAUUUUACACUUGAAGCGGGAACACAAAGAAGAAAUUGAAAACCUUCAGGCCCAGUUUGAACUGAGAGUCUUUCAUAUUAGGGGAGAGCACGCUGUAAUAACGGCAAGACUAGAAGAAACCAUUGAAAAUCUCAAGUGUGAGUUAGAACACCGGUUGAGUGGAGGAUGUGAAAAGACAAGAGAUGCUUGCAUCUCUACAGAAGAUGAUUAUCCACCAAAGACCUUCCGAAAUGUCUACAUACAAACUGACAGAGAGACAUUUUUAAAACCCAGUGAAGAUGAAAGCAAAACUAUUAAAAGUAACCAAAUUGUACCCAAAAAACUGAAUAUCUCCUCUCUAAACCACAUAUCUCCUCCAAGUGACAACAAAGAUAUCGCUUCAAGCCUCCAAUCUUUAGAAAAUAGCUCAUCUGGUCAACAAAAAUCUCCCCCUCCUGCUGCUCCAAUGCCAAGCAUGAUCCCUCCACCUCCUCCCCUUCCACCAGGACUUGGGCCUCCAUUAUUGUCAUUGCAAUCAAGUAUUGGACCUCCAUCACUUCCUCCUCCACCACCACCACCACCUCCACCUCCUCCUCCUCCAUUACCUCUAACUACUGGGAAUCCCCUUCCCCCUCCUCCUCCACCCCUUCCUGUUCCAUCAGCUCUUCCCUGCACUGGACUACCACCCCCACCUCCUCCUGGGCCUCCAGGAAUUGGACCACUUCCUCCUCCUCCUCCCUUCUUUGGAGGCAACACAUCCUUCAGUCAGAUUCCUCGAAAGCCUGCCAUUGAACCCAGCUGUCCCAUGAAGCCUCUGUACUGGACAAGGAUACAAAUAAGCGGUGGAAGCCAAAGUACUACUCCAACCCUGUGGGAUUCCUUAGAAGAACCUGAUAUACAAGAUCCCAGUGAAUUUGAGUAUUUAUUCUCCAAGGACACCAUUCAACAAAAGAAAAAACCUUUGUCAGAAUCUUAUGAGAAGAAAACCAAGGUCAAAAAGAUCAUCAAGCUGCUGGAUGGAAAAAGAUCUCAGACUGUGGGAAUUUUGAUAUCUAGCUUGCAUUUAGAAAUGAAAGAUAUCCAACAGGCAAUUUUCAAUGUGGAUGAUUCCGUGGUAGAUUUGGAAACAUUGGAGGCCCUUUAUGAAAAUAGAGCCCAGAAGGAUGAGCUGAUAAAAAUAAGGAAACAUUAUGAAACCUCCAAAGAAGAGGAACUUAAACUACUGGACAAACCUGAGCAAUUCUUAUAUGAAUUAGCCCAGAUUCCAAAUUUUGCUGAACGUGCCCAGUGCAUAAUCUUCAGAUCUGUCUUUUCUGAAGGCAUUACCUCUGUUCAUCGAAAGGUGGAGAUCAUUACAAGGGCUUCAAAGGGCUUGCUAGAUAUGAAGAGUGUAAAGGAUAUUUUAGCCUUAAUUCUGGCGUUUGGAAACUAUAUGAAUGGAGGAAACAGGACUCGGGGUCAGGCAGAUGGAUACAGCUUGGAAAUUCUGCCCAAACUCAAGGAUGUCAAAAGUCGGGAUAAUGGGAUUAACCUAAUAGACUACGUUGUGAAAUAUUAUCUGCGCCAUUAUGACUCGGAGGCAGGAACAGAGAAGAGUACUUUUCCCCUCCCUGAACCACAGGAUUUUUUUCUGGCUGCCCAAGUCAAAUUUGAAGACCUCAUUAAAGACUUGAGAAAGCUGAAGAGGCAACUGGAAGCAAGUGAGAAGCAGAUGGUAGUUGUGUGCCAGGAGUCCCCAAAAGAGCAUCUCCAGCCUUUUAAGGACAAGUUAGAGGUGUUCUUCCAGAAAGCAAAAGGAGAGCAUAAAAUGGAAGAAAUCCACUUGGAGAAUGCUCAGAAAAGUUUUGAAACAACGGUAGGCUAUUUUGGGAUGAAGCCAAAGUCCGGUGAGAAGGAGAUCACACCCAACUAUGUGUUUAUGGUGUGGUAUGAAUUCUGCAGUGACUUCAAGACCAUUUGGAAACGAGAGAGUAAAAAUAUUUCUAAAGAAAGGCUGAAAAUGGCCCAGGAAACAGUCAACAAGUUAACAGCAGAGAAGAAGGUGGAAACAAAGAAAAUCAAUCCAACUGCCAGUCUGAAAGAAAGACUGCGUCAGAAGGAAGCCAGUGUGACCACCAACUGAAAAGAGACAUGUGAAAAUGAUGAUAGUGGGACUUGAUACCUUACAUGAUGCUUUAUAGUUUGACUGGUACCCCGGAGAGCCUUGGGUAGAAGACUUGAUUACCAAACAUUUGCUUUGUUCUACUUUUCCUGAGAUUACCCAAGGAAAGCUCUCCAGGUCUUUGCAAAGGAAAACCCUCUAGAAGCCAGAAGAACAAUGAGAAGCUGUUUACAGGAACAUUAGAAUUCUGGUAACUCCUCUUUGGGGGAAUUCCAAGGUAUCCCCUCUCCUCAAUGACUGACGGAUGCACCAUGUCUAUUCAAGGCUUAUUCACCAGAGCUUGAUGUAUUUGUUGUAAGAGGUGAAAGAGGGAGCUGUUAUCAACACACCUCCCCUAUAGGAUCCUUUCCAAGCCUUGGUCUACACUCCCUGCCGCUUUGAUGGUUGGCCCUACUUUAAUCAUGUUGGAAAGAAUAUGCAUCCUUCUCAGAAGAGUUGAAGAUUUCUAUGCAUAAAUAUGCUCUGUAUUUUAUUAUUUUACUCAAACUAUUUUUAGAGACCUAAGACUCUGUAAAUAUCCCAGGUUACAAGGUUGUUUUGCACACCUAUUGGGAGGGGAAGAAGUAGCCAUAAACUCCAUUCUCCUAGGAGAAUGAUUAAUGACUCCAGGUAGUUGGCCUACACUGAGUUAAUUUCUUUGUUUAAUGUGAUAACUGUUUGGUGUUCUUCCCUCUGGGUCUAGGUAUGCAGCAAUCCUGCAUACUCAACUCCCAGAAGACAAAUAAUAAUAAUAACCAGAAUGGGCUGAGGAUCAGAUUCACUGCUUGUCCAGAAGAGAAAAAGUAGCAAGUACACUUUGCAUUUCAGACUGGCAUUUGUUGAUGUCACAGAACACUUUAACGCUGGUGGUAUGGUCCCCAGACAAGACUUUGCCACCAGAACAGCUUAGUUAGGGAAUCCCUGGAGAUUCCCGAGUUCCUUCUUGCUCCUGCAUCAAAAGAGAUCAGGAAUCACAUAUGAAAACUUCUUCACUAGCAAGUGAUGUUUGUGACAGAUAAAGGUCUUCAGUGUAGAAAUAAAUGAACACAGAAGGAAAGAUCUUCACAUCCAAAAGAAAAAAAUGGAUAAACCUCAAGUAGGCUACUCUUGAACAAGUAGUUUUGUUUUGUUUUAUGAACCUGAGAAACUAAAUAGCUAGUAGGACAUAAGCCAUGAAGAUAAAAUUGUGAGCCCAGGGAAAACUCAUCUUGGACCUUUCCCCUGAUCUGGCUCCCCUUACUACCCUUGUUUGCCUUUUGUUUCUCAGGUAGAAAGCAUAAAAAGAAUAAAGUAAGGAGAAGUUUUAGGUGAUGGUUUUUGGGAAGGCAGUAGAGCUUCCUUUGCUGUUCAGCAGAGGGACCAUCUAAAAGAAAGAAAAACCUCGAGAGUGCCUUUUCCAUCCCUACUGCCUCUGAUACCAUCAUUUUUCUUCUCUUCAGACCCCUAGAUCAUUCCCCACCAACCUGCCAGUCAGUUGCCCUUUCAGAAACUGCUACAAAUAGAAGCAUCUAAUAAAAAUAUCACCUCAUUCUUAA